AUGGCACCCCUGCCUCAACAUAAGCAGAUCACUCGCUCUCUGCUGAAGCAGAACACGCACUACCCAACCGAAAACCUCCUGGAUCGGGUAUCUUCCCGUCAUACAAAUCUGGAUGCUUGCGCAGCCAAGUUCCUGUUAUCCGCGGGGAUGUGGUACGGGUCUGCAAGGAUAGCCACAUGCGUGUUCGCUUCUGCUACCGACUGCCACAUCAACUGGAGGUUGAGCUGCGUCACUUGCACGGCUUCGUCGUAUAACCAGUCAACGGGCACGCAGGCCUACACGAUGGUGCUUUAUCGCACAUUUCCAAAGGAAGCAAAGUUUUUAUCCAAAUGGAUAAUUUUACUAAAAAUUGGAGCAAAAUUGAAGUGGUCGUCGGCAAAAGUAUGCCAGCUACAUUUCUCUUCGCUACAGUACGACAAUAUCGAGACACGACGAUUGAAGUGGAAGGCAGUUCCAGAUCGUAACCAUCCCAAACGCCCUUCUAAGCACUUCCACAUCUCCAACUUACCAGUGUGUCGCUAUCAGCUGGAAGACACGCUACAAAACGACAAUGCGAUCGCUGUUCCUGCAUUGGAGGCGCAACAUCAUCAUAAGAAUAACUCGUUGAUUGUUGAUAAUUCUGUUGUGGUCGGCGAUAGAAUUUAUUCAUCGAAGAGUUCGAAGGACCAGCAUAUGGUAGAAGGCAUAGGAAUGCAAAUUAAUUGUCAAGCAAUUGUGUACUUGACGUAUUUUGAUGACCUUGGUCGAGAAGAGGAAAUAGAGUUGGCAUCGAUUGAUGAAGAAUGGAUUGACACAAUGAUCGAAGAAUCGCCGGAAAUCAACGAGAAUCUAUUGCGCCUAAGAGGAAUUUUGGCAUUCGAUGUGAUUUACAAUUUGUGUAUUUUUCGCCAAACGGACUGGCCAUACUAUAGCAUCCCGCUAAAGGAACAAUUGCUAUUGACCCUAAUAAAAUACCGGCACAAUUGGGAAUACACAAUGAUUGCCAUAUUCUUCAAAAUAAGGGAAGGAACCGCGAAAGAUAUAUUCAUUUCCUGGACCAAGCUGCUACACAAUCGCCUAGAAUCUAGAUUUUGGAAUCUUGGGUCACGUAAGGAUGGAGAAUAUGUUGCAAUUUUGGACUGUACAGAAAUAGGAAUUGAAAAACCAACAGCACCAGAUCUCCAACAAGCAACUUUUUCCAAAUAUAAAAAUACAAAUACUUUCAAAGCACUUGUUGCGAUUGACGAACAAGGAGUCGUACUUUUUGUAAGCGAUAUCUAUGGUGGCUGUGUUUCGGAUAACCGAAUUGUUGAAACCUCUGGAAUACUAGAUCUACUGUCGGCAGGGGACUAUAUUCUGGCAGACAGAGGUUUUGAACAAACUGAUGCGCUCUCAGCAAAAGGAAUAAUUUUGAACAAGCCACCCCGAAAGCAAGGAUCUCAACUGACAGAGCAAGAUGUUGCUAAAACUCGUGUCAUUGCCUCACGUCGCAUAGAUGUUGAAAGAGUGAUUGGAUAUGCCAAAACAUAUAGAAUUCUUAAACAAAAAGUGAAAAAUUCCCUUUUUCCCGUCAUGGAUAUGAUAAUUAAAAUUCUAUUCAAGCUGACCAAUAUAAGACGUCCGAUUUGUAAAAUAAAUAAUGACAAAGAUAAAUCGUGUUUGGAAGAACAUUUGACAGUUUAAAAAAACAAUUUUUCGGUAAAAAUUACAUUACAUUACUUUUUGUGCGAAUAAACAAAUACAAUAUAAACAAGUACAAUAAAAA